CACGAAUUAGUACAAUGCAUCUGACGAGCCAUGUUUGGCCGAGCUAGCAAUCUCUGUUCCAAAUCUACUAACUAGACAUGACGAACAAACCAUUAUUCUUACGCCUUCCAGAUAGCGGCCAUCAUGCGUUGCAAGCAUCCAGCGACUCGGGCCCUAACGGCACACCGAGCAGCCUUAUGCCUGCUGAAUUAUGCAUAAGCUCCUUUGCGCAAGCCUGUGCAGCACGUCGCGCCAUGCGCCAACGGCCUGCUUCCUCCUCAUCCUCCGCCCCUCCCAACGGGGAGCUGCCGCUGCUGCUGCUCAAUUGUCGCGUGUUGGACCCCGAGGCUGGGGAGUACCUGCCCGGGUUGCAGCGGGUGCUGAUCCGGGGUGGGGUGAUAGCGGAAGUGCGGCCCAUGGGAGCUGCAGGGCAGGAGCAGCAGGAGGGCGAGGGGGUGCAGGAGGAGCAGUCGACCUGCAUGGGGUCUGCGGCCGGUGCUGCUGUGACUGCGGAGUCUGCUGACGUGGUUCCCCCUUCAGCGGGCAGCUGCAGUCCAGAUGUGGUUCCGGCUGUGGUGGCGGACUGCGGAGGCGCCGUGGUCAUGCCUGGCCUGUGCGACGCCCACGUGCACUGUACGGCAGCCACCGCUGACCUGGCGGGCCUUAUGUCGCUGCCCGAGUCCUACGUGGCCGCCAAGGCAGCUCACAUCCUGGGGGGCAUGCUGGCGCGGGGCUUCACCACAGUGCGGGAUGCAGGCGGUGCGGAUUUCGGAUUGGCUCAGGCGGUGGAGGAGGGUCUUGUGCUGGGGCCGAGGCUGCUGUUCACAGGUCACGCGCUGAGUCAGACGGGCGGUCACGGUGACUUCCGCGGCCGGGGAGAGGACGUGUGUGCAUGUGGGGCGGCGCUGCGGGGCAUAGGCCGGGUGUGCGACGGAGAUGCAGAGGUGCGGCGAGCGGCUCGCGAUGAGCUGCGGCGGGGGGCGCACUGCAUCAAGAUCAUGGCGUCCGGCGGAGUGGCGUCGCCCACUGACAGGCUGACCAACACCCAGUUCUCCGAGGGUGAGAUGCGGGCGAUAGUGGAGGAGGCGCAGGCAGCAGGCACCUACGUGUGCGCACACGCCUACAUGCCUGAUGCCAUCCGGAGGGCGGUGGCGUGCGGGGUGCGCAGCAUCGAGCAUGGGAACUACCUGGAUGCGGGCACGGCGGGGCUCAUGGCGGCGAAGGGCACGUUUCUGGUUCCAACGCUGGUCACCUACCAGGAGCUCGCGCGGGCUGGUACGGCUGCCGGCAUGCCGCAGGAGCUAGUGGGCAAGGUCGGCAAUGCGGUGGAGGCGGGUCUGAGGUCUCUGGCGGUUGCACACACGGCGGGGGUCACCAUGUGCUUUGGAAGCGACCUGCUGGGCGACCUGCACCCCGCACAGGCGUCUGAGUUCUCGCUGCGGGCGCGAGUGCUGCCGGCUGCGGAGGUGCUGCGAGCCGCAACCGUCAACUGUGCUCGACUGUUCGGAAUGGAGUACUCCCUGGGUCGAGUGCACCCCGGCUUCCGAGCCGACCUGCUGCUGCUGCAGCCCGGGGUGGACCCGCUGUCUGACGUGGGUGUGCUGGCGGCGGCCGGGGGGGCGGCGGUGGCGGCGGUGUUCAAGGAGG